GCACGCCUUCUCUCUCUCGCUCCCUCUUUCUCUCUCUCAUACAUCGCUAGAAUGAGGAGGUGUGCGGCGCUGUUGCGGCGGUCGUGGAGCUCAGGCGGCGGCGGCGGAGUCGUGGGCCUCCGCCGGCAACCCCAGUUCCUCCUUCGUCUCCCAAGUUAUGCGGAUGACGCACAAAGAGCCGUCCCUCCCAUGGUCGCCUCUGCCUUCGCCGCUAUCUCUCUUCCCCGGACCUUCUCCUCAGCUUCGUCUCCUUCAGGUUCUACGAGCAUGCACCUUGUCAAGUCAGAAGAACAGUUCGAUGGUGUGCUUGCCAAGAUCAGAGAUGAGUCUGCACCAGCAAUUUUGUACUUCACUGCGGCAUGGUGUGGUCCUUGCAGAUUCAUGUCCCCUGCCAUUGAAGCAUUGAAUGAGAAGUACCCUCAUGUGACUACGUAUAAAAUUGACAUUGAUCAGGAGGGCAUUCAAGACAAAUUGAUGGAGCUGAGGAUCGACUCUGUGCCGAGACUUCAUUUCUUCAGCAAGGGGCAAAAGGUAGAUGAAAUUGUGGGAGCUGAUGUUGAACGCUUGAAGCAUACAAUGGAUAGGCUAUAUACUUGAUUCUCUCAUCGCCUCUUGCGCUAUACGGAUGUGUUUGUGCAUAUGAGCUGACAUAACUGCUCCUACCUAUUGGGCCUUAGUGGCCGCCGGCCCUACAUCGGAGGGCAUCACAUUGUGUAGAGUUUGUGAGGCGGU